AUGGAAGCUGCCUGCCGACUUACUCAUCUGGUCUGGUGCCACCGACAGCAAUUUUAUGACGGGAUUGUCGCCAACAUGAAGGACGACCACUUCACGCAAACCAGGAUGGACUACAUCCACGAAGUAUGCUUCAGCGCCUACUCACGACCAGGCCUCGACUUUCAGCAGAGGGUCAUGAUGAAUCUCGGCAUGCUGAUUGCCCUGGGUCGAGCGCCAGAGCUGCGCAUCCACAUCCGGGCAGCAGUGAACAAUGGCUUUACCGAGGAGCAGGUUGCUGAGGCAUGCAGGCACGCGAUGAUUUAUUGCGGCGUACCAGCGGGACGAGACGCCUUGGCCGUCGCCUCCGAGCUAUUUCAACAAUUAAGACAAGCGGGAGAAUAUCCCCAAGAAUGA